CAGCUCUCGCUCAACUUCUCGUAUAGUCUGCCUUCUUCAACUAUUCCGAUAGUGGAGUUUUUUCAAUAGCGAGUGAAAUACGAGAAGUGUUAAGCAGUAUAGAACAUUUUUUCCUUGUGUCUUCAAUCUGUAUUUCGUGUUUAAAGUUAUAAAAUGACAUUUUGUAAUGCGUAUUAAACUACAAAAAGUGUUAGCAGUGUUGGCUAUGUAAUGUAGUUUCGCUACGAAAAAUGCAUUAGAAGCUUCCCAUACUGCGUGUAUCGUUCGUGCUGAGUGGAUUACUUCGAGAGUAAACAGCAAUGUAAAAUAACUGUGGAAGUUAUACUUAGAAAGCAGCAUACAAAAUGUCUCUAACAUUGGAUGCUGCUGUGUUAGAUAGUGAUUACUUCAAGUAUACUGGUCUUCCUGUUGCAUAUAAAUAUUACUACCGUUUAUGUGGCAGAGCUUUGUCAUGACACCUGAUUGUUGGAAUAACUGCUUCACACGUGUAGUACUUGCGACCAGGUCCUAAAAUACCUUCUUCAAAUAACGCAAACUCUUCCAGCAAAAAGUGUGUCCAAGUGUCAAAAUUAUACGGUAGAGAUUGGUUCAUCGGAUCAUUGAAAUUUUGCCAUCAACGCUGCAUUAGUGGCCGAAUCACCUACAACAAAGUCGUCAUCCGCAGUGGUCUCAUCGACAACGGUCAACUCACACUCACAGCUAAGUUGAAAAAUGUACGCGAAGAAGAGGAAAAUAAACAGGUUUUAAUCGAGAGUGCUACGGAAAGCCAGAAAACAGAAGAAGACUAAGCCGCUGAAGAAUAAGUCAAGUUUUACACAUGAAAAGUGCCGACAAAUCCGAAGGAGAGAUUGGGUGGACGCAGUAGCAAGAAAGAGUUGGCCUGACAACAUUAAAGUCAGCAAGCGGCUAAUUAUUUUAUUGUGAUGUUUCCCGAUCCGCACCGAAUACCCAGUGCUUCCUAGCGUCGCAAAUCAAAGUCAAAGUCAAAAAGGUGGCCUAUGUUUUAGCCGAAAUUCAAUGUGUUAUAUGCGCUAUUGUUUGAAAGUUUUAUGCAAAAGUCAGAAAAAUACGUUCUAAUGAAAUGAUCUUAUGUGAAUUAGUGGUGCUUAUUUUACGAUAAUCGAGUGAACCCGUGCAUGAAAGGUCUUAAUCAGUCGUUGAGUGUUGCAAUUUUGUGAUAGAGUGACUGGAUUACGAUGGUGUGUUAAUAUUUGGAUACUGAACUGAGAUAACAUUGAACGCGCCUAUUGGGAACACACACGACGGCUUUGGGUAAAGGGAGCCAAUUUUCUCUGCUUCUGGAAAACCGCAGACCUGUUGUUCAAUUAUCACCUAUAGGUUGUUGAGUAACCGCAAUCGAAAACAACACUUUAUACGAAGGAAUAGGUAAUCUCUCAAUCAGGUUGACGUAAGUUUUCGAUGCAGUCACUUUUACCGCAAAGAGAGUGUAAAAAAUAACUUUUGCAAAGCUGUCUUCCGUGCAAAGAAGCUGCAUCCAAAGCUGCAAACUGUUUUCCGAUGAGUCAGUAUAGCUCAUACAAAUUUGAUGACACUGCCUGCCUGUCUAGUGGACCUAGACCACCCGUACCAGGAAAAGAAAGUCGUCGGAAGAUGACGGAAAACCUGAAUACGGACAAAGCUCGUGACUCGCCGCCGAACUACUACCGGUGGUCGGAAAAGCUAUCCAGCCUGCUGGAAGAUGAGGAAGGUGCGGCGCUGUUCAAGCGCUUCGUCCAGGAGCAGGAGGGUGACGAACACUUAAAGCAGUUCAGCUUUUACUUUGCCUGUGAGGGACUCAAGCAGCAACGGGACAACGAAAAAAUGACCCAACUGAUCGGUGCAAUAUACAAGCGGUUUCUGAAACGGGCGCCGCGCGGCUCGAAGCUUCACGUUAGCGAUCAGAUGCGAAACAUGAUCAAGGCUGGGCUGAAAAAUGAUAUCGUUUUGGCACCUGACAUUUUUGAUCAAAUGCAAGCGGACGUGGCGGCCAUCAUCGGCAAUACAAUCUAUCCCAAUUUCCUGCAGUCCGAUAUGUACAUACAGUAUAUUCAAAACAAGCAAACGAGUAGCGACAGUGGAAGCGAAGCUCCCAGUUGUGUUGGAGUAUCGUUGGGAAUAUCAGGAACUUCCACCGGUACGAUAUCUUCGAUGACGAACAGUUGCUCGGAACUGUUGUUGCAUAGUUCUUCGACCUUGCCAACCCUGCACGAGGAUUCUGUACUAGAGCCUGAAAAGGUCAAUGAUGAGGAGAUCGAAAAGUUAUACGGUGCUCUUGGGCCUGGAAUCGCCGGUAGCAGUAUCUCGGUUUCGUCUAGCGUCAGUGGAGCAGGCAGCGCAAGUAUGCCUUCCGGGAAACCGGCUAUGACACUGACCAAGGAUGCUCUUAUGGCCACACAGAAGCGACGUCUUGAAAUGAGACCGCCCGGAGCACACGGAUAUUCUGUGUAUAUGAACUAUGCAUCCUAUAAUCCGGUCUCCCGCCGUGACUCGGAACUGGCCAGUCUCAGUUCGGGUCGUACCGAGUCCGACAAGAUGCCACCACCGGCCAUGUACCACGACGGUCAGUCUCACACGCAACGAAGACACCAAUCUCGGCAGCAUUCGGCAUUGGAGCAAAGACAGAUCAAUGAAAAUGUUGUUUUCAACGACAACUUAAAACACAUACCUCGAAGUCAACGAGUGCAUCCGAAGGUGCUAUCCACGGAACAGUUUCAAACGGAAUUAAUGAAUAAACUGUUAGCGGUUCAGCAAGCCCAAGAGAAAGAGGGAGAAGUCAUACGGAAAGUUCGAGAGAUUGACCAAAUGGACAAGUCUCAAAGUAAUCGAUCGUUUGCGGAUGCCAUUCGACAGAAGCUUCAAGUAGAGGACGAUAAUGAUCAAGAUAUCCUAGAUAAACACGUUUCCAGGGUAUGGUCCGAUCUAACGCCCAGUCGAUCACCAGAUAUUAUGUCCCCGUGUCCCAACAUUAGCCGCGCAAGACGUUACGAGCUAGGAAGCUUUGGAAGUGGAUCGAUGAGUGCACAAUCGUCGAUGCGACAUUCUAAAUCAAUGCCAGAGGGCCAUCCUUUGAAUAUGGCUGGUCCAGCAGCACCACCUUUACCUCGAAACAAACCGCUAAAUAACAAAUGGCCUUCCGUCUAUACCGAUAGCGGGAUUAGUUUACUGUCAACGGAUACUUUGAGCAAAUAUAGCAGCAAGGACAUGCCGCCCAGUAUGAGUACAAACAGUUCGCGUCCACUUUCUCGAACGAUGCACGCCGACAUGUCGAUCGGAAAUACCACCCACCUUCUACAGGAAUCCAGUAGGCGGCUGGACGAUGAAGCGAAAAGAUCGAAACGACAUCAACACCCGCUGCCACCUCUGCCAUUGCCACCAGCUGCCACUUCCAGUUCACUAGUGCCACCUCCAAUACCUGCCAAACCACAGAGCUCAACGGCAACGGAAUUCAUCGUCGUAGUUUACCUGUUCUGCGACGAAGAGGUGCCGUACCGGAUGAAAAUCCCCGGUAGCCACCCGCCCACGCUCAAGCAGUUUAAGGACUACCUGCCGAAGAAGGGGAACUAUCGAUUCUUCUUUAAAACUCACUGCGACGAUCUGGAUAGCCCGGUGAUUCAGGAGGAGAUCAGCAACGACAACGAAGUGUUACCCCUGUUUGAGGGUAAAGUGAUGGGAACGGUCAAACCGUUGGACUAAAAUAUGUGACUCGAACACAGUAGUUAAGCAAUAGAAAGCAUGCGGUCGACGUCACAUACACACACACACUUAACCCACUAGACUAAAGUGGCCUAUAAGAAGUGCAUUUGGCUUCCCUGUCAAGCGUAUGUUUUUCAUCCAUUACACGAUUCUGCGUAGAAUUAUUUCUGUUUUUCGGGAGUUUUCGGUGAUGCCAAACUCAAUGCAUCUGUAUUCUUAUGUUUCAAACGGUUCUUAGAGGAACAUUCUUUGGUGUAAUUCAAUUAUAAAAAAUUAAACGAAAGGUUAACCUUGUAUAUGACGAAGAUCUUUAAAACCGCUUGAGAAUAUGUAAUAGUUGAAGUGCCUUGAUAAAAGUUAAAAACUAUCUAAACUAAUGUAAACAAACUCGACUUGCCGAUAAUGGAAGAUGUAGGAGAGAUAGGUGUUCAAAGGUGUGCUGGUGACAUUUUUAAUGAAAAAAUUAGAUACACUCAGACUCAGCAAAUGGAAAGCUUCUAUCCACGUUUCCAUUAGUACUGAUUUAUGUCGAAACAUGAACUGCAACUAAAAUGCGGUAUCGAAAAGAAUAGAAUUUUGAGCUGACCAAAAUAAGACGUAAUAAAAAAAUGUCGCAGAAAUAGCAAUAUAUAUCUUUCAAAUAACGGAGAGAAUUGGAGUCUAACAGUAUUUUCCUUGUAAUUUAGUAAUGUUAUUUUUAGAUGAAUAACACAGCCGUGUUAUACGCAAUAAUUUACACGUUUAUUUAUUUUUGUCCAAUUGAAUUGCCUUCCCAUAGAGACAAACGAGACGCGCUUGAUAUGUCCAAGUCUGUCCCAAUCUAAGUCGACAUUUUAGCAAACUGUUAUGUUCUUGCUCGCAUUAAAUCCAGUGUAUAGACAAUAACUGCCGGUCAAAAUUCAUGCCGACUGACGACAGCAGAAGAAACAAGGUAUCUGUUGUCCCAAAGUCCCACCAUGUAGUUCUUCUUUUCUAAUCAGAAGAACCGACAAUGGAAAUAUAUUCAGGCUAUAUGAGAGUGUUAUCAUAACGAAUUAUUGGUUCGAGAUAUCCCAACUGAAUAUUUCAUAGAGCAUCCCUCACAGCCUUAAGUUGAAUACGUGAUCGUUGCAUUCUUUCGCAUACAACAAAUGUGUCUAUCUUACGAUUCAUAAGAACAGGAAAAAAGAUGAAUCGUGGUUGCGAGAAAUAUUUAGAAGCUUAUACCCAUAUUACGGUAGAAAAGAAA